AAGGAAAGGAGAGAAGGAGCGGAGAAAUGUCUAACUAUGGAGAAUUCCUGGACGCUGUUAAACGUGACGAUGUUAAUUCGGUGAGCAAGUUCCUGUCAAUCCAUCCAGAUUUCUUUGACGUUUCUUCCACGACAUGGCAAGAGAACCCUCUCCAGGUUGCCUGCAACCAUGGCAGCCACCGAGUCGCUAAGGUAAUUGGCAAAUGGUACCCUCAAUUUGCAAGAUUCAAAAAUCGGGAAGGUUGUACUGCCUUGCACUUGGCUUCUUCUAAGGGGGAUCUUCCAAUUGUAAAGGUCUUGCUAGAGAUUGAUUCUGAAGUCUGCCUCAAGAAAAACAAGUUAUCCAUGAAUCCUCUCCACAUAGCUAUCAGGAAUGGGCAUGACGAGGUGAUAGGUGCAUUGAUCGCUGCUUGUCCACAAUCUAUUGGAACGGUGACCUCCCAGAGAGACACAGUGCUUCUUCUGGCUGCAAAACAUUUCCGGCUCAAUGCUUUUGUAGUCUUGCUGAAGGAGAUUCAGAACCGGGAACAAGACCAUCUACUGCACAGGAAAGACCGAGAGGGAAACAACGUUUUGCAUAUUGCAGUUUCUAAUAAAUUUGUCGAGAUUGUGAAGUUGUUGCUUCCUCUGAACUCUACAAGUAGAGCUUUGGUGCGAGUGAACUCCUUGAACAAGAAGGGACUGACAGCCCUGGAUCUGUGCUACCAAAGUUGCGUGAAUAUUACUACACAGGACAUUGGCCGCAUCCUGCGUGAAGCCGGUGCCCUUGAAGGACGGUCAUUGCCUGUGGGAGCACACGUAAUAAAGGAAACCAUAGAAACCAAGAAUGUCAUAUUGGUGGUCCUGGGAGUUGUUACUGGUGCCGCCUUCACCACAGUUUGUAACCUCCCCAGUCCUUUUCUCAAAGAUCACCAUGCAGAAGGUAGAGUAUUUCAUAGUGGAGAUAUGGUAGCCGGUCAGCUGCCGCCCAUAUUCUACCUUAUGGUAUUCAAUACGGCCAUUCUUCUCGUUUGUAUGUGUGGAAUUGCAGUACUCUUGUGGUCGCUUCCUUUUAGACCAGUUGUGCUCUUUGUGACCAUCACUGUCGGGAUUGUUUAUGCUCUGUUGGUGAGUAAUAUUGUGCCAAAAUUCUUGUUCAGAGCAGGCACUCACAGCAUUUUGAGUAGUCAUUUGGUGGGGUUAUUGGCUAUUGUCUUCAUUUGCUGUGGAGCUAUUACAUACUUUACUUUUUUCUAUCUCUGCCUAAUUAUUAAGUGGGUGAUCAAAAAAACCGUGCAGUCCUACAGGUUGGGUGCUCGAAUCUCCUCUCGCAACAAAGGGCUGCCGUACUGAGAGAACAUGUACUAGACACCAAUCAGCCUGGAAUGGAUCUCCUUCUCAUGACAUAUGAGUAGUACAAAACACAACCCAGACUAACACAUGCAGAUACCCUUCAGGUCGCCAAUCCAUGGAAUUCUCUCUCUAAUAUCUCCCUCCUAU